AGCCCCAAACGUUCGACGUAGUAGCGUUCGUACAUUCGCUGGCGGGAGGAAGACACUUCUGUGGCUGCGCUGUGACUUAUAAUUUGUUUUCUGGAGAGUUAUGUCUCGACUACUCAACUGUAUUGUAGCAGUUUGUCCCGAUAUGGGAAUAGGGAAAAAUGGAAAUCUACCGUGGCACCCAAUAAGACUAAGUAAUGAAUUCAAGCACUUUCAGAGGAUGACAAUGACCCCUGCAGUUGAGGGUAAAAAGAAUGUGGUCCUUAUGGGCAGAAAGACAUGGUUCUCUAUUCCUGCAUCAAACCGACCCCUGAAGAACAGAAUUAACAUAGUUCUUAGCAGAGAGCUUAAGACAGCCCCAGAUGGAGCUCACUAUCUUGCUUCAGACUUCAGUUCAGCUCUUCAUCUGUUGGAUAGCCCUGAGCUUGAAAAGCAAGUUGACCAACUCUGGAUAAUUGGUGGCAGUGCUCUAUACAAGGAGGUGAUGGAGAGCUCGAGUCCCAGUCGUCUUUUUGUAACACGGGUCCUCAAGCAGUAUGACUGUGACACAUUUAUUCCUGAUAUCAACUUGAAUAAGUACAAGCUCCUGCCCGAGUUCCCAGGUGUACCCAUAGAUUUGCAGGAGGAGAAUGGCGUUCAGUAUGUUUUUGAAGUGUAUGAGAGCACUGACCACUAAAAAGUGAUUUUAAGGUUGGAGACAUGUCCCACGCGUUGUGCUUGUACUCUGACACAUUGCGUGGUGGCACUUUUAUGGGAUACCCACGUUUGAAUCUGGCUAGUAAAAUUUCCUGAUCUCAUCCCUCUUCUUCAUUUUUCAUGUUAUCUCUCCACUUUCCUAUCAAUAAAAGUGGUAAAAGCCAUAAAAAAAUAAAAUAAAAAUAGUACCCAAAAAUGAAAAUUCUGUCAUAAAUUUCUUUCUUCAGUGCAGCACAGAAUUAGAUGCUUGGUAUAGGGCUGCACAAUUAAUCAAAAUUAAAAUUGUGAAAUUGUGAUAUGACUGUGAUUAUUAAACCACAAAGGGCUGCGAUUUACUUAAAUAAAUAGUCUGCUUGCACUGCUCGCUUUUAAAGUU